AUGGCAUAUGGCGGUGAUCAGGGCACUGGUAUAGGGUAUGGGGGUAAUCAGAAGGCUGGUAUGGGGUAUGGUGGUGAUUAGGAUACUGUUAUGGGGUAGAAGGGUGAUCAGGAUGCUGGUAUAGGGUAUGGCAGUGAUCAAAACGCUGGUGUGGUGUAUGGCAGUGAUCAGAACACUGAUAUGAGGUAUGGGAUUGAUCAGGAUGCUGGUAUGGGGUAUGGCAGUGAUCAGAACAUGGUACGGGGUUUGGCAGUGAUCAGGAUGCUGGUAUGAGGUAUGGCAGUAAUCAGGAUGCUGGUAAUGGGGUAUGGCGGUGAUCAGGGAGCUGGUAUAGGGUAUGGCAGUGAUCAGGGAGCUGGUAUGGGGUAUGGCGGUGAUCAGGAUGCUGGUAUGGGGUAUGGCAGUGAUCAGGAUGCUGGUAUGGGGUAUGGCGGUGAUCAGUGAGCUGGUAUGGGGUAUGGCAGUGAUCAGAAUGCUGGUAUGGGGUGUGGCAGUGAUCAGGAUACUGCUAUGGGGUAUGGCAGUGAUCAGGAUACUGCUAUGGGGUAUGGCAGUGAUCAGGAUGCUGGUAUGGGGUAUGCAG